UCCCACUGCCUGUUGUUUGACAACAACAUUGUGCUGUGGCCGCAGCUGAGAGGACACCAUAUCUAUUUGUACUGUGCGGAAAACAAACACUCGCCUUUUUAACCGAGAAAGAAACGUUAACCAGCCUCUUUUCUUUAUCGGCGACCCAGUAGUGGUACGAACAUGAGGACGGGGUUCGGCUCUCCGGUAGUCUUUUGGCUAGCAUUGGCCGCCGUGCUCGGUUUGGUACUCGGGAUUAAUGAGGACAUCGACCGGCCUCUAUUCGGGCCUCCGGGCUCUCCCAUCAGGCUGCAUGAAUCCGACCAAGGACUGAAGAAGGCUUUACAUUUUGCCGAGGAGCGCUACAACCGGGGCUCCAACGCGAUGCACCUCCGCAAAGUGAGCCGGCUUAUCUCAGCCACCAAACAGCUGGUCAAGGGUAUCCGCUACAAUAUAACAGUGGAAUUAAGUAACACUCAAUGUAAGAAGGCCACCAUGCUCAGGACAUGUGACUUUUAUCCCGAGUCACAGAAACUCAAGACUGAGGUGUGUGUUUUCGAAGUGUGGGACAUUCCCUGGCAGGGCACUUCCACUCUGCUCAAACAGAAAUGUCAGCCUAAAGUUUACCUUACACAAGAAGAGACCAACAGUGUCGUGGCUGAAUCUACCAGCUCGCUUUUUGAGCAGGAGUCUGUGGAGCUGUUGGGAAAGUUUAAAGAGUUCAUGGUGAAAUACAACAAGGUCUACAGCAGUGAGGAGGAGACAAACCGUCGCUUGCGUAUCUUCCAUGAGAACAUGAAGACAGCAGAAACGGUUCAGUCAUUGGAUCAAGGCUCAGCGGAGUAUGGAGUCACCAAGUUCAGCGACCUAACUGAGGAAGAGUUUCGCUCCACGUACCUGAACCAGCUGCUGAGUCAGUGGACUCUUCAUCGCCCUUUGAAACUGGCUUCACCUGCCCGUAACCCCGCCCCUGCCGACUGGGACUGGAGGGAUCAUGGAGCCGUUAGCUCUGUUAAAAACCAGGGUAUGUGUGGAUCCUGCUGGGCAUUUUCUGUUACGGGUAACAUCGAAGGCCAGUGGUUCCUAAAGAAUGGCUCCUUAAUCGCUCUCUCAGAACAAGAGCUGGUUGAUUGUGAUGGACUGGACCAGGCAUGCAAAGGGGGGCUGCCGUCAAAUGCUUAUGAAGCGAUUGAAAAGCUGGGUGGUCUGGAGACUGAGUCAGACUACUCCUACACUGGACGCAAACAAAAAUGUGACUUCACCGACAGGAAGGUGGCAGCUUACAUAAACAGCUCUGUGGAGCUGUCCAAAGAUGAGGAGGAAAUCGCAGCCUGGCUGGCUGAGAAUGGACCGGUCUCUGUGGCUUUGAACGCCUUUGCCAUGCAGUUCUACAGGAAAGGUGUGUCUCACCCUCUGAAGAUUUUCUGCAACCCCUGGAUGAUCGACCACGCUGUGCUGCUCGUGGGAUACGGAGAGCGUAAAGGAACUCCAUUUUGGGCCAUCAAAAACAGCUGGGGAGAGGAUUAUGGAGAACAGGGUUACUACAAUCUGUACAGGGGUUCCAAUGCGUGUGGGAUCAACACGAUGUGCUCAUCUGCUGUUGUCGACUAAAAAACUCGCACCUUAUAUUGACAGAGACAUACAGUACACACACACACACAAGGACACACACCAUCAUACUAAAGCUGACUCCACAUUUACACUACUCUCUAACACACAUUUGAUCCAGACAGCAACGAGAUCACAACCAAACACACCAGGCUAGUCCUCAUGUUCAUAUUUCACACCACCAGUGUUUAACUGCUGAGUUUGCAGACAUGUUUUUAGUAGAUUUUACUCCUGCAUCUCUUUCCGUUAGCCCAGCAGGUGUAAAUGGUUGCUGUGUUUUAAUUCAUUGUAUGACCUCAUCUUACCCCAAAAGUUACAGUUUCCUCAUACAAAUGAAUAUUGUGCACUAACCGUAGUUACUAACUGUUUUUGUGUACAUGCUAUCUAGUAUUAAAGAGGACUUUUGAUGUUUGGGGGUUUUAUUGUUUAGCACAUGACUACAUAAAUGCACUGUGAUUCUAAAGACUGCUGUGAGACGGUGAGAAAUGAAUGAAGAUUAAAUAAAGGACUUCAGGAAUCA